AGCAUGUCAGCUGAUAAGUGAUAAUGUAGCCAGACUGUCAGAAACGCAUCAGCCCAGUAGAUAUACAUAAAUAAAUUAUCAGUGGAUGAAAUUUUGUAAUUAAUAGUUAGCCUGCAGUAGUUCGCGGGCACUUUACGCUUCCAGUCUUAAUACCAUCUCUUCAACUGAUACAAUAAAUCGAGUAGAAUGUAUAAACAAACGUGCACCAACAUACUAAGCCUUUCACCUGUAGAGGUCAAAAAAUGGCUUAACAGUUUCGAUUCCGUUAUAACCGAUUGCGAUGGUGUUCUGUGGGUGUACGGGAAUCUGAUAUCCGGCUCAUCGGAUACCAUAAACUAUCUAAAAAAAAUGGGAAAGAGCAUUUAUUUUUGCACAAAUAAUUCGACGAAAACACGCAAAGAGCUGCUUGUGAAGGGUAUAGAACUGGGCUUUAAUAUUACCGAAGACGGCAUCAUAUCGACAGCCCAUGCAACAGCUGCUUAUCUGAAGAAUCGCAAUUUUAACAAGCGCGUCUAUGUCAUUGGUUCCGAGGGAAUUGGAAAGGAGUUGGACGCCGUUGGUAUAGAGCAUUCAGGCAUUGGACCGGAUGUUAUGCAGGGCACACUGAGCACAUUCAUGUCGCAGCACUUAACUCUAGAGUCGAAUAUUGGCGCAGUUGUCGUCGGCUUUGAUGAGCAUUUCAGCUUUCCCAAAAUGACAAAAGCAGCGUCCUACUUAAGCGAUCCGAACUGCUUGUUUAUUGCAACCAAUACGGAUGAACGUUUCCCUAUGCCUGAAAUGGUUGUUCCGGGCAGUGGCAGCUUUGUGAAUGCAAUUCGCACGUGUGCGGAGAGGAAACCCACUGUCAUUGGAAAGCCUAAUCCGGCCAUUUGUCAGACAUUGAUUAAGCAGAACAAAAUCAAACCAGCACGCACUUUAAUGAUUGGUGAUCGCGCCAAUACGGAUAUUCUCUUGGGCUACAAUUGUGGAUUUCAGACACUUCUAGUCGGAUCGGGAAUUCAUAAUAUGACAGACGUGGAUCAAUGGAAGAAUAGCAAAGACCCCGAGGACAAAAAACUGAUACCCGAUGUGUAUCUACCAAAACUGGGAGAUCUAUUGCCCUUGAUUCUGAACUCAAUGACACAUGGAAGUUAUUAAUUUGUAUAUAUUCUUAAAUACUUUAUUUAGUUUAUGUUUUGCGCUCAGGGACGCUAUCAAACUUAAUUACGAUAGACAGAAAUUUAUUUA